AUGUCGCGCAAAGCCUCGGCCUCGGCCGGCCGCCCUGGCGCUCUCCCCUCCAUUAGCGGGGAUAAUCCAGCCGAAGACAUCUGCCCCGUGUGCAAAACCUCCCGCUACCUCAACCGCGACCUCGAGUUCCUCAUCAAUCCCGAUUGCUACCAUCCCAUGUGCACCAAUUGCCGCGAGUGCGACAUCCGCAAGAGGGUGGCUGCCGUCUUCAACAAGGUCGAGGACGACUUCGAGACCGUGGACGACUACAAUAACUACCUCGAACGCGUGGAGGACCUGACAGACGCCCUCGUCAACGGCCCAGAGGACAAGCGCAUGGCGGGCGAAAAGGAGCUGAUGGAGUGGGAGGCAUCGAACAAAGCCGAGAUCGAGGCGAAUAAGAAGCGUCGCGGGGAGGCCGACGAACUCUCCAAGAAGCGCAUGCAGGCCGAGGAGCAGGCGGCCAAGGCCCGUCGCCUCGAAGCCGUGCGCGAGGCCCAACAGGAGCGCACGCGGGAUGCCAAGCUCAAGGAGGAGAUGCUCAACGGCUUAGCCCGCGGCGAGGCCGGCCACGCCGCCGAGACCAUGAAUAGGAUCAUGCUCAAGCGCCGAGGCCAGGGCAAGCAGCAGCAGCAGGCCCUGUACGACGGCGCGAACCCCAACCUGUCAAUCCGCGGCCUCAAGGAGAAGCGCCGCGCCGACGACAACCUCCCCUACGACCCCUUUGGCGGCCUCGACCUCACCCCCUCACGGUACGAAAUCACAGACUAUGGCAACUAUCACAGCGAGUGGCUCGAGAACGCUCGCUCCAACACAGAGUACCGCGUCGGCGGUUACGCAGUCGAGGAGUACCUCUCCCGCGUCAUGUUCGAGGCCUUUUCCGGCAUGGGCGUCUUCAUCGAGGACGAAAAGGAACAAGCUAGACCCACGCCCGAAAUCAAGCUCGAGGUCCCCGUUAAGAUGGAGGUGGACGAUGUAUUCUGA